AAUAGCGGGCAGCAGCAAAAGUUUUUACAACUUGUCUAGAUAAUACUGCCUAGAUGACAAUUAUUAACAAUCACUUUAAUAUAGUAAUACUUCCUCUUAGAGUUCAUUGGAGCCCCCUACACUUUUUUAUUCUUUUAGUGAAAUAUUUUAAUUUGUCAUCAGCAGAACUCGUCACGUUUAAGUAUUUAAAUUUUUAAAAACAUACUUUUGUUUGGUACUUUAUAAAAUCUUACAAAAAGGGAGGAAGAUAAACUGAAGAUGGCUGUUAUUGUGCCAUUUUCACUUGGGAGGAAAUAUCAGUGUUCACCUUUGAGUUUUCUUCAAGCUUUGAUACCAAGAAGCGCGCGGAACACAAUCAAACGAAGUCCCGCAAUACGGCUUUUGGAAGCCGGCGGGAAUCAUAUACGAAGAAUGACUAUAGUGAAAAGUGUAGUGAAGUGUUUUAUGGUGUUAAUUUAGUAAACGGUAGUGUAAAAGGGCGUUACAUAAGGUCGGAAUGAUAGAAAAAGGGAGCCCGCCCUGACGCGUUCAGCGCCGGCGUCCGCGGCGGGCGGCGCUUGUGUCAUGGCCCCGGCGCUCACUGUGGCACCACAAGCGACUCAUUACGACGUGGUCGACGAGACCGAGAAACUAGCCCACCGAAGACGGGCCCUUGUGUCCGUCAACAAUCUUUCGACACACAUGGAGGACGACGAUAUGGGACUCCAGAACCAGCCUAGUUUGGCGAAAGAUUCGCAAGAAAUGGAGCAGAUCCUAGUUGAUCUAGGCAGCAGUGAUAUUGUACAAGCUGAUUUACUCCAAGCGAUCAAAACUCUAGAAAGUGGAGGUGAUGCUUUAUCUACAGGUGAUCCAGAAGCUAUAUUUCCCUUGUCAGGCUUUGAUUUAACAGAGACUGCCGAUUCUGAGGGUGAUGCGGCCGAAGAUAAAAUAAGGCUAUUGCAGGCACGGUUAGAGCGCAGAUGUGCAUUUUUGUUGAGGAGAUUAAGAAUAUUGCAGGCAAGAUCGCUGGGAAAAAGAAUAGCCGAAGAAGCUACUCAAACAUUUGAAAGGUGUACACGUGGUGCCAGAAAAGAUGGGGGAGGAAGGCCAAUGGGACUAAAGGCAUUUUUAAAAAGAAUAGAGACUACAUCAGCGUUACAAGCAAGUGCAGCAUCCAGAACUGUUGUAGGGCCAAAAUAUUAUAAUCCUGGAACAUCUAAAGGUGAUGUCACAAGGUCAGCUUCACUGGGUAUACCAUCAGGAACCCUUACUGGCCUUGAAGAUACAGCAGGAGCUCUGCGUUCACAUUUAUCAGUUGUUAAACAUCAAUUAGAUUCUGAUGCUACAGACUCAUCGUCAGGUGCUGAGAGUAAUGAUGAAGCAUUAUCAUACAACAAUCAGCACCAACAACAUAUGCCCAUUGAGAAACGAGCACUGUGGUCCUGGCAAAGAAAGCGUGCAUCAAUUGCUUCUCGAUGGUGUUGGUUGCAAGCACAAGUUCAAGAGUUGGAGUACAAGAUACGUCAGCAUAAUGAUCUGCAUAAGCAGGUACGUGAAGCUAAGGGUCGCAUAGAAUUUGAAGGUGAACCAGUGGGCUAUGAAGGGAGCUUGCCCGGCGAUGACGAUGACUUGCCUUGCACCUGUGCUCGAGUGCGACCCUUGCGAAGGGACACAUUUAAGAAGCGGAAACUUCUACAAAUGCACAAUUUACAUCUUGCAACUAGUAAAGCGGCUAAGCCAUCCGAUAUAAAGUGCAGUUGCCAGCAUCCAGUGGAGUCGUGCGCGGUGUGCACGGGGCGCGCGGAGCCGACGCAGCCGGCGCCGCCGUUCUGCACGCUCGCGCCGGCGCAGCGCCGCGCGCUCGUCGACCCGGCGUACCACCCGGUGCUUAGCGACGUACAAGAUAUACCGGCGUCGGUGCACAUGAGCGCGCUGACGUCCCGCUCGUGGUUCCGCGCGCGCUUCAAGUCGUACCGCGGCGCGCACCACGCGGCCACCGCGCGCCCCGCGCCGCCCAGCGCCGAGCCGCGCCCCGCCAAGCGGCAACCCACGCGACUAAAACGUGGGCGACCGCCAUUAUCCAGAAAAGUUAAAGAGCGUGAUCGGGAUGAUGACACCUCUACAUCUGGACAAGAGAGGGGCCGUGGUAGACCGAGUACGGAGUCGCGUGGCUGGCGCCGGCAGUCCUACGACAUCGACAAUAUCGUCAUUCCGCAGAGUAUAGCAGCCAACACGAGACCCGAAAUACUUACUUAUAAGGAAAUUAUAACACCAAAAUGGCGUGUUAUGGACAUACCUCCACCAAAACUGAAUAAUGGAAUUUCAAAUUCAAGUCACACUUUGGUGGAUGAGAGUGAUGAGGAGGACAUAUCCGAACCGGCCGUGGAGGAGCGACACAUGCGCGCCGAGACCAGCGAGAGGAACAGAUAUUUACGCAAACAGCGGUCGAGACGAGUUAACACGGAGACGGAACAAUCCCAACAGAACACUUCGCAACAUGUUAACCAUCAGAGUCAACAACAGAACGCACAUCAACACCAGCACCAACAACAACCCAGAUCGAGAUCACAAGUUCCACAGCCGCAGGCGCACGUGCAAUCGCAGCAGGCGCAACCGCAAGCGCAAUCUGUACAUUCGAACUCUUCUAAUGAUGAGACCGAGAGACCUUACACGCCUCGAAAGUUUCCACUACCAGACGAUAUGUACCAAGACAUGUUAUCAAUGAUGCCGGAGUCUUACCACCAGAGUAGUCCCGAGCCUUCGCCCCCGAGGAUCGAAGAGGAAAUAGAAGAGUCAAGUUCGCUAUCGCCCAUGUCCCCGCUCGUGUUCGAAGGCGAUGAUCCUGAUGAUGGCGAAUGGAAUCCCAGUGUUGAGAAAACUGAGCGCAGGAAGAGUUCAUUCAGAUAAUAUUAGUGAUUAUACGAGGUUUAAGUUUUUAAUUUAUACAGAAGUUUGUUUUGGGUUUGGUUGUAAGAUUUAAUAAUAUAAAUUACAGUUUGAUACUUUAUUAGUUUCCAACAGGGAAUAAAAGGUAUAAUGGGAUGGUGUAUCUAUACAUGCCAUUUUUUGGGAUUUUAGUACCAUCUAAACAGAUACAUAAAUCUUUUCAGCUUUCCUAUCAUUUACGUUUAUUACACUCAACGGUAUGAUGAGAAAACGAAAUGAAGCUUUUUUCCAAAUUUGUUUAUGUUUUGAAUUUGUUUUAAGUUUUAACAUAGCUUUAAUGUUAAGGUGUAAGAGGUAAACUUAUGUAAAUUUUUAAUUGAUGUAAAUUUAUUGAAUCCGUUAGACAAGGUAUACCCUUACAUUCCUUUAUUCCGAUGUAAAUAAACUUGUAUAUUUUAACAUAAUAUUAUUGAUAAGGGAUGCCUUUUAGUGAAAAAUUUGCAUUUGGUUUGAUAUUUUUCCAGUGAGCUCUAAUAAACAUUACUUAAAAUUACUAGUGAUGAUGAGUUAUUAUUAUUGAUGUACACUUUUCCUUACAAGACAUUAAAAUUAUUCUUAACUCUUAUGUAUGGACAUUAUUUAAUUUUCUUUUUUUAUAUUUUUUAUGAGCAAAAGUAGAUAAAUGAUCAGUCAAAUAUAAUAGUUUAACACAGUCGCAGUGUCACUUUCAGCUUUUAAAUAAUAUCUUAAGUUGAUAAUAACUCAAUCGGUGUUUCCCCAACAGACCUACUAACUAACCUUAGUGUAAAAGAAAGUAUUAAGAAUUAUUAGAUGGUAUAUAAUAUAAAAAGUUGUAAGCGCCCGAAACGCAAAGCGAUGUAAAUAUGUAAUCGGGCACUUGAGGCAACUAAUAGACUGGUUAUAAUAAUUUGAAUCUCUAAGAGAGUUUUCAUUUCACACUUACGCUCAGUUACUUCAAUAACCUAAAAAAGGUCCCGUAAAAACAAUGUAAUACAUUUUGUAAAUAUGAUUCACCUCGCGUUUAGUAUGUACAUAAGUUUUUAAUUUCAUUUUCCUUUGUGAUAGUUACAUAUUUAGUACAAGAUUUAGGGACAGUUAAUAAAAACGUGUAUGUACCAUAAAUCCAAUUUGUAUUUCCGUUCGAUAAAACGAAAUAUUAAAACUACAUUUUAUUAAUUUCUAUUUCUUUAAUAUAAGGGACAAUUUUUCAGCCAAUAUUUGCAUUUGUUAAAAAAGUUUCGAGUAAGAUGAAGUGUUAUUUUUAAUGUCUUAUAUUAAUCGUUUGAAAAGAAGCCAAAGUCUUCUUGUUAGUUAGAUGUUAAGUUAGUUAAGAAUUUAAAUGGAUUGAAGAUGUACGCUUGAAAAAUGUUGUAUAUGUUUAGUAUGCAGAAUAAAAAUUUAAUUGACAAAAUGAU